AUGGCCAUUGGAAUUGAGAAAGUACAGAGGAAGGAGACAGCAAAGAAUACAAUAGGUCAAUCGGACACUCUCACCCAUAGCAGGACUUACGUCACCGGCCGGAAUCAGCAUCAACAGUUUGGCGCCGUCUGUGGGAAUCCGCUCUUUGCUCUGGAAAAGCUUGCUUGCGAAUUCGGAAUGGUGACCACAAGGUCGGAAGCAUUGAGGGGCCCGUGGGGGGACCGGAUGAGAGAGCGCCCAGAGAGGGGAGAGUCUUCCUCAAGGCCGUCUCCCACAGUGGAGAUCCUCAAUGAGAGAAUAGCUCAGAUGGAAAAGGAGAUGUACGAGUUGGAAAGGAAGAAUGCCGAAUUGCAACAACACCAGGGGGAAGACUCAAACUCGGCAACCCCACAGCCUGUCGGGGAAGAAGACCAGGAUGAGGAAAUACGACCGAGCAGUCAGGGAGGACGGAAGGAAAGAAGGAAGAACCAUAAUGCCGUGGAUCAAAAACCUCGGAAGAACAGGACGUCGAAAAGGAUGGAUAAAAAGCUCAGGGAGAUCAUUGAGAAGCUGGAGCAGAGGUGUGACCUGCUGACAGAAGUGGCGCAGCACCAGCAUAGCGGGACCACAUCUAGAGCUGGAGAUCUGCUCCAGAAGUCGGCUUCCCUUUUUGCUAACCGAGUGGCCUCGUUCCACCUCCCCGAGAAGUUUAAAGUCCCCGACAUCAAGACCUACACCGGGCAGGAGGACCCGGUGGAGCAUUUGGACAACUACCGCGCUCACCUCGAGCUGCAGGGGACCCCGGAUGAGGUGGCGUGCCGCGCCUUCCCGUUGACCUUGUCGGGAAAUGCCAGGGAUUGGUAUAGAAGGCUUCCCCCGAAGUCCAUACAAAGCUUUGACGAGUUCGGAAAAAUGUUUGUAACUCAAUUUAUGGCGGGAGUUGUAAGAAAGAAGCCGGCAGGCACCUUGAUGUCAAUACAACAGGGGCGAGAUGAGUCCCUUAAGGAGUUCCUCCAGCGCUUCAACCAGGCAAGGCUAACCACCGAGAGCCUCACCGAAGAGUUCGUGCAUUCGGCACUCUAUCAAGGGAUCAGGAAAGAUGGGCCGCUGAUGGCUGACCUCGCUCGGAAGCCGACUCGUUAUUUGCACGAGUUCAUGGAGAGGGCAGAGGAGUUCAUUAACCAAGAAGAGACUCUUCGAGAGUUGCUCGGGAAAACAACCGGCCAAACCUCUAAUCAGGGGGACAAGUCGAAGAAGAAGAAGGAAUUCCACAAGAAGCAGGAGGUAUUGGAACCCGGGGUCAAGAAGAAAUUCCAGGAUUACAACUGGACUCCCCUCAACGCGCCCAUCGAAGAGGUCCUAGCGGCGAUUAAAGUGGAUCCCAUGUACGAGAAACCUGCGGAGAUAGUUGGAACCCCCCACCCGAGGACCGCUGACCACUAUUGCGCUUUCCACGAGUCGAAGGGGCAUAGCACAGAGAAUUGCAGGUCCUUGCGGGCCUUAAUUGAGAAGUUUAUCCGGAACGGGAAGCUAGUCCGUUUCUUGGCGGGUCAACGGGGUCCGCCGGGGUUUGAUCGGAACCCCCAGCCCGAGGAACGAAGGAACCAGCCGCAGAGAUAUCGGGAGGAGCCCAGGGAAAGGGUGGAGCGCCCCCGGGACCGUGAUAGAGAGCCUAACUACCGACCGGCCGACCGAGACAGGCGAGAGAGAAGCAGGAGCCAAGCGCGACUGCCUGGUCGGGAAAACCUCCUCGAGAUUCAUACGAUAUCGGGCGGUUUCGGAGGAGGAGGUGACUCAAGUGCCGCGCGUAAGGCUUAUGCGAGGCACCUGAAAGAGUUCGAAAUAUACUCGGUCCAGAGACCACCGAAAAUGAGGAAGUAUGAGGACUUACUCAUUGGUUUCUCGAAUGAGGACUUUGUUGGGGUCUCGCUCCCCCACUCGGACGCUCUGGUGGUGACUUUGGCCAUUGCAAAUCAUAAGAUACACAGGGUCCUUGUCGACACCGGAAGUUCCGCCGACAUAAUAUAUAAGUCAGCCUUCGAGCUGAUGAGCAUAGGACAAGGGAGGUUGGUCCCGGUGAAGGGUCCCUUGGUCGGUUUUUCCGGAGAGCAGGUCCUCCCGAUCGGGUCUAUCGACCUACCGGUCAUGGCAGGAACUAGCCCCCAGGAGAAAACGGUUAUGGUAAAAUUCUUAGUGGUGGAAGGGCGGUCGGCUUAUAACGUUAUCCUGGGGAGGCUAGCCUUGAAUGAUUUGGGGGCCGUAACUUCAACACCCCAUCUGUGCAUGAAGUUCCCGACUAGCUCGGGAGUCGGUGUGGUUAGAGGAGACCAGAGGGCUUCCCGCAUGUGCUAUAUCACUACCUUGAAGGCCGGCCAUGCAGAAAGUACUGCGAAAGAGGAGAAAUAG